GACAGUGACAUUUUAAAUUUCGCAGUGUUGAGCACCGUGUUAAGUAAACUAAUGUAAUUCAAAUUUAUCUCAUCUUAUUCUCAUUUACAUCUAAAAAAUAUUAAAUUAAAACAACACCCUACAGAGUUUUUACAAAAAUACAAAAUGUCGAUUUUGGCAUACAACGGCGGCGCCAUGGUUGCCAUGAAGGGCGACAAGUGCGUCUCGAUAGCCUCUGAUAAACGUUUCGGUAUCCAAGCCCAAACUAUCGCCACCAACUUCCAGAAAAUCUUUGAGAUGGGGCCACAUCUAUACGUGGGCCUGCCGGGCCUGGCCACCGACACACAAACCGUCAUGGAAAAACUCCGGUUUAGAAAAAACCUAUAUGAACUUAAAGAAAACCGUCUCAUGUCGCCGAAAGUUUUCAGUGCGAUGCUGUCAAAUAUGCUCUAUGAAAAUCGGUUUGGACCAUUUUUCGUGGAGCCUAUCGUUGCCGGCUUGGAGCCAACUACACAUGAACCUUUCAUUUGUAACAUGGAUUUGAUUGGGUGUCCUAAUCAACCCAAUGACUUUGUCGUGGGAGGUACAGCAAGUGCACAGUUGUUCGGAAUGUGUGAGGCUUUGUGGGAGCCCAAUUUGGGGCCUGAUGAGUUGUUUGAGACCACUUCACAGGCGCUGAUUAAUGCGUUUGAUAGAGAUGCAAUUUCUGGUUGGGGGGCUGUGGUAUAUGUCAUUGAGAAAGAUAAAGUCACGGUCAAGAAUUUGAAGACGCGGAUGGAUUAAAUUUUUUUUUUAAUUUUUUCACUUGUCAAACGGUAUUUUUAGGUGGAAAAUAAAAUAAUUAAUUUUGA